AAUACCAAUAUUACUACUCUAUUACCAACACCACAACAAAAACCAGUUAGAAUAAAAGUAAUUAUACGGCAACUUCAUCUACAACUUACCAUACUGUCAACGAAAGAUCGAAAAUGUGGGAAAAGUAUACGAAUAGUUAUCACAUUUUAUCAUGUGUAUUAUAACGACUAAAUUAUGCAAUUAUGUGGCCGAUGAGAUACGAAACCAUGACUCGCGAUGAGUGCAGAAAAUGUUUACGAUGUUUGGAACUAGAGGCAUAUGGAAACAUGGUAUCUGUAUUACGUGCUCAAGGUCCUUUCAGUAAUGAAAAGCAAAAGUUGUUACAAGAACUUGCUAAAGUUUUACAUAUUUCUAAUGAAAGACAUCGUGCUGAAAUAAGAAGAGCUGUUAAUGAUGAAAAAUUAGCAACAAUAGCUGAACAGUUAAAUGGUCCAAAUACUAGUACUGAUUGGACAAUUGAAGGUCGUCGUGCUAUUCCACUCUUGCCAAGAUUAAAGGCUCGUUCUGCAUUCACAACAUUAGCAAAUAGCUUAUCUCUUGCAACAGUAGCAGCAAACAGAAGGAAUCUCCCUGUUCAUGAGAAAACAGAGGAUGCAAAAGAUAUUAUAAAUGAAUCUCCUGUGAAGAUAAAAGUACAAGAAAAAUCAUUUAACAAUCAUGAGUUUGCAUGUAAUGAAGUAAAAAUAAGUGAUGAAAAUGUUUUAACUGAGGUCACUGAAUCAGAUAGGAAUAAGGAAAUUAAACAAAGCAAUAUCUCUGAUGGCAGUGAAAAAUAUAUUGUUUCUGAGAAACGUAAACCCACCUCUCCUCUUCCAUCAGUACUUCCAAACAAGGUUCUGGUAGUAUCUUCAAGUUCAGUGGGAACUCUUAAUCAUGCUACUGCUGACAAAAGCUCACUUGAAAAUACUAUUCAUCUAUCACGAAUAUCUACAAAUUCAUUACAACAUCAAAAUGUCACUAUAAUACCAUUAAAUAUUAAUUGUGAAGAAAAUGUUGCAGAAUCUAAGGAAUCAGCAGUACAAGAAAGUGCCAGUAAUCAUUCAAUAAUUCCAUCUGGUAAUUUUGUCAAUACAGUAAUCCCAAUAAGUACAACAAAUAUUGCAAAAGCUAAAGGAAGAAUAAUUACAACACAAAAUAAGCUUAAUACAAAAAUUGGACCAGCAAUUCUGGUGUCUGGUAAUGUAUCAUGUUCGUCAGGAAAUAAUCUCCAGCCUGACACUCAAGAUACAUCUACACAAGAGAGCUCAAGUCCUAAAAUUUCAUCUGUGUCUCAUAGCUUACAAAAAACACCAUACUUAGAAAAUUCAAAUUUAAAUUCAAUUACAAGUAGCACAAAACGUGUUCUACCAGUAAUACAUUCUAACGUAAAGUCUCCAAUAACUAAAACUAUUACUGCAAGUAAUUCACAUCGACUGAUGGCUGUUUGUCCUGUUACAACAGUAUCUAAUGGUCCAGGACCACCUCAAGCUAAGCAGAUAACAACAUUAACUUGUAAAAAAUUAUCUACAACUCUUAACAAUAAAACCACUGCCAAAAUGGGUGUUACUCUAAAUUCUAAUAAAACUGUAAAUAUAUCUCAUCACCCAGAUACGAAAUUAGGAUCUAAAACAAACGUGAUCGUUAUACAAAAGGGCCAAACCAAAGGUGUAACUCUUUCACAAGCGGGCAAGGAGGUAUUAGGGAAAGUAAUAAUGGGUGGAAAAAGUUUGUGCGUUACAAGUCAACAUAAUGCCUCUAUUAAUGUGGUUCCCCGGCAUGUUACAUUGAAUAAUGGAGAUCAAGGUCUAACCAUGUUAUCCACAACAAACUCAUCUCGUACAGAAUCUAUAACAUCUAACAUUAAGUCUAGUAAUACCAUUAUGUUCAACCUCCAACAAGAUGUUUUGGACAAAAAUAAAGCACUCUCUCAUCUGCUUGAAUCAUCUAAUGUUCUCUCUUCUGAACCUAAGACUGUGAUACAAAAUGCAAAUACUUCUCUCUCAAAGGAACCAAGUAACAGUAAUUUACAUAUACAAAAUAAAGAGCUAGUUGUAAAAAUCGAUAGUGUAAUUGCUACUGUUAAAGAUGAAAAACACAGGUCAGUUUGA